AAGAAAGGUGCUUGUAAAGGAAAGAGAAGAGUAUAAAAAAAUAGAUUAGAAUGUGACAACCCUUAAGCUUUAACAAAUGAGUUUUGUCGUGACAUUCUAAUUUUUACAGGAAGGAAGAUGAAGAAUAUCAACAAUGGCUUCUUCCCCUGCAUGCUCUUUCUUCUCAUGUGUCUUGUGUAUUCGGGAAUUGCUAUUGAUCCUUUCUCCCGUAGUCACUCUCUCAAAACAGAGUGUAUAAUGAAGCCUCCACGAAGCAUUGCGGAACAAGAAUUAACACUACUUAGCCGCUCUGAUGAAGAUGACUCUGAUCAAGAGUGGGAGAAUGGGGCUAUUAGAGAAAUGGCACAGAGAAUUCAGCUUCAGCAAGGAAUCAUUUACAGCUUCUCCGCUUGGGUAAAGUUGAGAGGAGGAAACGACAAGAAAGUAGGAGUUGUGUUCAGGUCAGGAAAUGGAAGACUUGUUCAUGGAGGUGAAGUUAGGGCAAAGCAAGGAUGUUGGUCUUUGCUUAAAGGUGGGAUUGUACCUAAUGUUUCAGGCCCUGUAGAUAUAUUCUUCGAGAGUGAAGACAGAGAAGCAAAGAUCUAUGCAAACAAUGUGUUACUAAAACGGUUUAGCAAAGAAGAAUGGAAACUGAAACAAAAUCAACUUAUUGAAAAGAUAAGGAAGAACAAAGUGAGAUUUGAAGUUACUUAUAAGAACAAAACCACGGUAAAAGACGCAGUAAUAUCCCUAAAACAAACCAAACUAUCUUUCCUCUUAGGUUGUGCAAUGAAUUUUCGGAUCCUACAAAGUGAAGGGUACAGAAAAUGGUUUGCGUCACGGUUCGCAAUCACGUCAUUCACCAAUGAAAUGAAAUGGUAUACAACAGAGAAAGUACGUGGGAAUGAGAACUACACGGCAGCGGAUUCAAUGCUGAAAUUUGCAGAAGAGAAUGGGAUAUUGGUUAGAGGUCAUACAGUGUUAUGGGACGAUCCAAAGAUGCAACCAAGUUGGGUGAAAAAGGUAAAAGAUCCUGAAGAGUUGAUGAAUGUGACACUGAACCGGAUAAACUCGGUUAUGAAGAGGUACAAAGGUAAGUUAACCGGGUGGGAUGUGGUUAACGAGAAUUUGCAUUGGGAUUACUUUGAGAAAAUGCUUGGUGUAAACGCUUCUUCAAGAUUCUACAAUCUUGCUUAUAAGCUAGAUCCUGAUGUGACAUUGUUUGUUAACGAGUACAACACGAUUGAGAACCCUGGAGAGGUUACUGCGACGCCGGUUAAGGUGAAGGACAAGAUGGAGGAGAUACUUGCGUACCAAGGAAACGAAAACAUUAAAGGAGCAAUUGGAGCUCAGGGUCACUUUAGUCCAACUCAGCCUAACUUAGCUUACAUGAGAUCUGCAUUGGAUACUUUAGGCUCACUAGGUUUGCCUAUAUGGAUUACAGAGCUUGAUAUGCCUAAAUGCCCUAAUCAGGCAAAAUACAUGGAAGAGAUUCUCAGGGAAGCGUACUCGCAUCCUGCGGUGGAAGGCAUCAUAAUAUUUGCAGGACCUGAGGUGUCUGGUUUUGACAAGCUGACACUCGCGGACAAGGAUUUCAACAACACGGAGACAGGAGAUGUAAUUGACAAGUUGCUCAAGGAGUGGCACCAAAAAACUUCAGAUAUUCCAAAUAUUUUCACGGUGGACCACGAGAACGAAGAGGAAGAUGUGUCAUUGUUGCAUGGACUUUACAACGUGAAUGUAAGUCAUCCACAGAUAAAGAACUUGUCCACCAGUUUGUGCUUGGAGGUAACUAAGGAGAUGGGUCAACGUCAGGUGGUUAGAGUUGUGAUUAAUGCUUAA